GUACGUUUACUAAACCCUCAUUGACCGGGAGGAGGUGGAUGCAGCGUUUGGGGGAGCUUCUCUGUCUGUCUGCUGGCAACCUGAUUGACUAACAUCACCCACGCCCAUAAGUGGUAACAUCCAGGAAAUGAGCUGCUAGAAGAGGAGCCGUCUUUUCCCGCUGAGUCUGACCGGCUUGUUUCUUCCAGUGCGGUGGUCGUGAUUUCCGACCGUGUGACGCUAACGGGUGUAGUUCUCUGAUGUGUAGCAUCCCCUGUGUAAGUUAGCUGCUUUAUUACCGUGUAGCUGGCCCUUUCUGCUUCGGACCGACUCGACGCUCACACAGAUUCGACCGCCUGACACUUGUCCACCCGAAAAAUGGCAACCCAGAUCGAUAAAGAGGCUUGCAGAGAGGCUUACAACCAAGUCAGGGACGAUAACACGGACACCAAUUGGGCUGUGUUCAAAUACGAGAACAAUAUCAUCGUGCCUGGGGGACAAGGGACCGACUAUGAGGACUUCAAGAGGCUGUGCACAGACGACGCUCGUCUGUUCGGCUUUGUCCGGAUCACGACGGGAGAUGCAAUGAGCAAACGAGCCAAGUUCACCCUCAUCACCUGGAUCGGUGAAAAUAUCAGCGGGCUGCAGCGUGCAAAGAUCAGCACCGACAAGACGCUGGUCAAAGACAUCGUGCAGAACUUUGCCAAGGAGUUCAUGAUCAGUGACCCGCGAGAGCUGGAGGAGGACUACAUCCGCACAGAGUUGAAGAAGGCUGGCGGAGCCAACUACGACGCCCAGGCAGAGUAGAAGUGCCACUGGAAGGGUCGGGUCAGGGGGGAGUGGCCAUGGGUGGUGGGGUGGGGUUGGUUUGUCUAAAUGGGGGCGGGGAGUGUUGGGACUGGGCUGCUACUUCUUGGGGAGAGGGCAAGGCAGGAUGGAGAGAGCAAAUAUGAAGUGUCAUCAGUUAAUCACCCACUAAGGGAAACUGCACAGUGUUUCCCUUACCAUCAGGACACAUCCACAGCUCACUGUGGAUGUGUCCUGAUGGUGCACGUCUGCAUUAGGGUGCUUAUAUCCUUGGUUUUUAAGAUCAAUGAAAAGAAGCUGCAUUAUUCAUACAGGCGUGGAUGAGUUUGAGUUCAUGAGAGGCCGAUCAGGGCUGAUGAACAUCUUCCAGGUCUCAGACCGGCAGCAGGAACCACUGCAGCUGAAUAACAGAAUCUGCAGGUUAACCACCACAAAGCAAGCAUAUAAGCACUCUGAACGGGGUCCUCCUCUCCCUCCUGACCCCCUGCCCUCUCCCCAGUCAGCUCAUGGUUGGUUAUCUACUGUGCUUUGCAUCUUCAUCUCACACUCCUCAUCUCAGCGGCGUCAUCGAGGCUUCGGCACCAUUUGACUUAAAGGAGGAAAAUGUGGAAAAACUGGAGGGCUUCACUUCAAAGAUGUAGUGAGAGCGGCUUAUGUUAUUAAGACUGUUUCCUGAUAAGAUGUCUCAUUUUGAAAUGAUACCCGUCACUUGCAGGCAUGCGUUAGACACCAGAACAUGCUCGUAGUCUUGAUACGCUGCACCUCCAGGAGGAAAAGAUCUCCAUUUCUCUAACAGUAUCCCUGUGAUGGCUGGCAGCUUGUUUUGAGUCAUGCUGCACAGCUUUCGGCCGCCUCUUCAUCUCCAGCCAGACAGCUGUGUUUGGAUUGCAGCUUCAGAGUAGACAGUAAUUGAUCCUCCUCUCCUCCUCCUCCUCCUUGUCCUCUGUGCUGUGGACCUUUUUGUCCUCCUGGUUUCUGUUUGAUGUUAUCCAUGCCAGCUGGGAUGGCUUUACAUCAAGCUUUUGCCUGUAUUUGGCUGUGGAGGCACAAAGGAACGGCUAAUAUCUCGAUCUCUAAGCAGCCGUUGCAGUCGCGUUCCCCUCGGCCUCAGAGGGCUGUGAAAAAUGGAGGUCUUUCCUUCUGGUGUCUCAUCUCAUCAUCUACCAGUUAAAGGUAUCCAUGCAUACUGUAACCUGCUGUGUUUGACUGCCUUAGUCCCCCGUGGAGAGGGGGUCAUGGGAGCUUGUGGACACUACACUGUGAUUGGCUGUCUUCCUUUACAGGUGGGUGGGAUGUGGGUCUGAGCCUAUCGUUCCAGCCCAGAAGGAGCCACGAAUCGGUUGUAGCAUCUUUUUAUUCAGUUUCAACCCUCCCUCCCCCCUGCUAAAAAUAGGAUUUUAUUUCUUUGUACUUUUUUUGGUUUUGAGAUAAAUGUUAUUUUAUCUGAAGAUUUUACCUGAUUAUUUGAUUAGUUUUUGUUUUUUAAACAUUGAAACAGAUUUAAAAAAAUAAAUCAUGCAAAAUGAAAUAAAAUGGGCACGAAGUCGGUCAUUUCAAAAUAAAAUUUGAUGUUUUUUUCCAAAA